AUCACAGCAUGUUCUUUCCAGUGCCCCCAUAUGAGAAGCCAGUAUUUUCGGAUACCUCCAAUAUCUCAGGAGGCAGUGCUGCAAACCACAGCACUUCAGUCAGUGUUCCUGGAGUGUUACCUGUCUUUGAGGCUCACAAGCCAGCAGUCGGCAGUGAAUAUUACAUCCAGCUAGAGGAGCAAGGGGAGAGCAACCUAGAGGGAGAUGAAAAUCAGUGCCCCAGAGGGGCACGCCAAAGUGAUCAAGAUCAUUUCUCUCAGCAAUAUGUUGUUCUGCAGGAUAUUCCUCUAGAGGAAUCCAGCACCGAUUUAGAUUUCUUCCACCGUAGCAUAGACUCGAAGGACUCCAAUUUGCCAGAGAGCCAAGUUGGAUCCCAGGCUUCCAGUGACCUGGACAGUCCUUAUCACACUAAUAUCUUCAAGGAGAGCACUUCACAAUCCGAAGACAGGCCCUGGCUUAGUGGAUUCCUUGAGCUGCCCGAACUCAAUUCCAAUCACACGCUGAAGGACACGGCCACGCACAACUCCAACACAGAUGGCAAAGAUAGUCGGGUACAACAGGAUUUCAGUGAUAUCUUAGGAGGGGUCCAGGGGAUGGUUUAUAUUGAAAAUCUCUCUGGUCAGCCCAGUCCUGGCAGGUUACUGAGUACAGAGAAACUCUCUGACAACUUCCUGUUCCUUCGAGAUAGCAGUCUGUUGUCCUCUAGAAGCAGUAUUGAUCUAAGAAGUGAAAUUUUGGAUGCCGAGUUGGACAGUUUUUCUGAGCUUGCUACCAAAGUGGGGUCAAAGUUGAUAUACCCGACUCCAGACGUUCAACCACAAUUAGAAGAAGUGACCCCUUUGAAGUCUGCGGAAGACUCUGGCAGCUCCCUGGAGAAAGAGGGUCUACUCUGUAGCAGCCCUGAUGCAAACGGGACACCACGGCCUUUAGUAGAAACCACGUUGCCUUCCUCUUCUCCUGUCACAUCUGAAAGCCCUCAUGAAAUGCCACUACAAUGGAAGUCUCCGGAGGAGGAAGGUGUUUCACUGGAUUCCACCUUUGAAGGGGUCAGUUCAACCCUCAAUGCUACUACCUCUGCUGGCCCUGCCCACUACCAGGAACACCCCACCUCCCGCUCAAGUGCCGCAAGUGACAUCUCGUGCAACGAUGCCAAAAACUGCAGCUCUCAAGAAGUGGAGCAAAGCAGCCCUUCAGUUUUAAACGCACACUUGGCCAAGCAGGAGGGUACCUCUGGUAACCCGCCACAGCUCAGCCUUCUGGGUGAGUGCACUGGUGAGAGCUUAAUAAACAGCAUACCACAGACAAAUGGCUGCUCUCCGACGGAGCCUUUAACUGACCUCGAGAGCGACAUCGCAUCGGUUGAGACGUUGCUGCACCUCACAUCCAUGCUGUCUUCUGAUCAGGUGAGCCAGGACAGCUUGCUUGAGGACAGCAUGUCUACAACUGCACUCCUGACGGUCGAGCAGUCGGCAGAAACCCCCGAUUCUUUAGAUUCUCUAGACAUGCAAGGCUUAGCGGGUUCUUCUGAAGCAUUGAACUCUGUUCACCAGAAACUGCAGCCUCCCUACAAGACUGCCGACAGUGGCUAUGAAACGGAGAAUCUGGAGUCUCCCGAGUGGAACUCCCAGGUUACCAUCAAAGAGCCUUCUUCCUUGGAAACCAUCCUAAGCUGUGACGUAGAACAAGCCUCCGUCCCCCUUCCACCUCCAGCUAUAAUCAUUUCGGAAGUUGAGCCAGCUCUAGAUGUGGAUGCCGAAAAUGACCUGAGCUGUGUUUCAGAUGCUCAGACGGCAGCCCCUACAGAGAUCUUCUCAACCACCAACCAUAACUCUUACCGAGACUCUGCGUAUUUCUCUGACAAUGAUUCAGAACUCGAUAAAAAGUUAGAUGAUUUCAACAGGGAUGGCUCUGGCACAGUCUUAAAUGAAGACUUGGGUUCUAGUCAUCCUGCCCACAGUGAAUGCACAGGUGGUGCUGUGGCCACUGAUGUACAAACAGAACCAUCAGAAACCCAAGAGGUGAGAGAUGCCGAUUCUCCUCCUAGCAUUCUGCAGACUCAAGAGACUUCAUUUGAAGCCUCUGAUGAUCGAGGUAUCCUCACACCUGACCAAAAUGUAGCCUCACACAACUCUGCUCCUAUUGCAGAUGUUAGCUUUUCUGGACUUGAAGAGCUUGUCUCUCCUUAUUCUGAGGUAUACCCACGUGAGGGUGAGACAGUGAGAUCUGACACGAGGCCUCCUGGUGCUCUUAAAGUGCUUUUGCCAGACACCAAUGCAAGCAUGCUGCAUGAAAAGUUAGCCUUGUCCCACCAGAACGAAUGGCCAAAGAUAAAGGAACCCGAUAUUGAAGGCAAAUACCUUGGAAAGCUGGACAGUCUGAACCUCCAAGAAGCUACAGAGGAUGGCAUUGAUGCAGAUGAAGAGGAUGAGAACAGUGACGAUUCUGAUGACGAGCCCCGGGGGUACCACUUACAAAGUGCAGGCUCUGACAGUGAUGAUGACAUUCAACAUCCUAUUCCCAUCGUAAUUAUGGACAAUGACGAUGGAAAGGAUUUAAAGAGCUUAUUGAAAGGCGCCAGACCUCUCGUGGCGUCCGCUGAACAGGAGCAGGUGGCCGAGUCCAAGAAGAGGGCCGUUUCCUUCUUUGAUGAUGUCACAGUUUACCUUUUUGACCAGGAAACCCCAACCAAGGAACUUGGAGCUCAUCUGGCUACUUCCAACAGCCACGUCUCAGAGUUCAGCAGCCCCGUCCCAUCCUCCAGCCUGAGCUACUUGAACAGGUUCACCAACUCUGAGAGCUCUACGGAUGAGGAAGGGAGUGGGUUUGAGUGGGAUGAUGACUUUUCUUCGCCGGAGCCUUCAUUCAUCUCCAAGGCGGCGAGUCACCUCCUUGUAUCCAAGUCCUCUGCUGCAGUGUCGUCUAAAUACUUCUCUCCUCCUCCACCCACCCGUACACCAGACCAGAGCUGGUCCAGCUUAUCGCCGUACUCGCGCUUCUCCAUCUCCCCAGCCAGCAUUGCCAGCUUCUCCCUGACGCACCUCACUGACUCGGAUGUUGAACAGGGUGGGAGCAGCGAAGACGGAGAGAAGGACUAAGCAGCAGAGUGGCUGGAGGGGCCGAAUCUGUCGUCUCACUCAACAUCGUGAAAGCAGAAGACUCUGGUGGGAGAGCAGAUUGUGCUCCACUGUUGCCAGCUGGGUGUAACAAGAAGCCCCCCCAAAGCCCAUAGCAGCCC